GCUUGGUUAGUAAUUCACUUCUUGGUUAGCUUAGCUUGGUUAACGAUGCACUUCCUGGUGAGCUAAGCUCAGCUUGGUUAGCUUAGCUUGGUUAGUAAUUCACUUCCAGGUUAGCUAAGCCUAGCUUGGUUAGUUUAGCUCGGUUAGUAAUUCACUUCCUGGUUAGCUUAGCUUAGCUUGGUUAGUUUAGCUUGGUUCGCGAGUCACUACCUGGUUAGUUAAGCUUAGCUUGGUUAGUAAUUCACUUCCUGGUUAGCUUAGCUUGGUUAGCGAGUCACUUCCUGGUUAGCUUAGCUUAGGUUGGUUAGUUUAGCUCGGUUAGUAAUUCACUUCCUGGUUAGCUUAGCUUAGCUUGAUUAGCUUAGCUCGGUUAGCAAUGCACGUCCUGGUUAGCUUAGCUUAGCUUGGUUAGCGAUGCACGUCCUGGUUAGCUUAGCUUAGUUUGGUUAGUUUAGCUUGGUUAGUAAUUGACUUCCUGGUUAGCUUAGCUUAGCGAGUCACUUCCUGGUUAGCUUAGCUUGGUUCGCGAGUCACUUCCUGGUUAGCUAAGCUUAGCUUGUUAGUAAUUCACUUCCUGGUUAGCUUAGCUUGGUUAGCGACGCACUUCCUGGUUCGCUAAGCUUAGCUUGGUUAGCGUAGCUUCUGAACUUAGCUUGGUUCAGCCAUGCUAGCGCGACGAUUAGCUAUCUCGCUGGAACAGAUCACGGGUCGGACAGUAAGAAUGAAGCCGGGGAGAGGGCCAGUACAGCAGCUUUUAUGACCGAUUUUUAGGCGAGAUGCAAGGUGUAAAAUCUACCGGAGAUGAAGAGCCUCUUCUCGGUGGGACAAAACGGCAACACAACGAGUGGGACUCCGAUGAAGGAGAAACUUCAUUUGAGAGAAGCGCGUCAAACAAUGGAGCCAAGGCCGCAGAGAGGAGAUUAACAUACGAGGAGGCCGUGGAGGCAGCAGGCUUCGGUUUGUUCCACUGGCUGCUGCUGUUGGUGUGCGGCUGGGCCAACGCCAGCGAUGCCGUGGAGAUCGUCUGCGUGUCCUUCCUGCUGCCCACCGCACGCUGCGACCUCCUGCUAAGCUCCUCCGACAUGGGCCUGCUCACCGCCAGCAUUUUCCUCGGCAUGAUGGUGGGCGGCUACCUGUGGGGCUACCUGGCCGACCAGAGGGGGCGCCGCAGCAUCCUGGUGGUUUCCCUGGCUGUGAACGGCCUGUUUGGCGCCCUGGCCAGCGCGGCGCCCUGGUUCUGGCUCUUCCUGCUGCUCAGGUUCAUCAGCGGCAUUGGGGUGGGCGGGUCCAUUCCUGUCAUCUUCUCCUACUUCUCUGAGUUCAUGCCCCGACUGCGGCGAGGCGCCAUGAUCAGCGCGCUGGCCACCUUCUGGAUGGCGGGGAACAUUCUGGCUGCAGGCCUGGCUUGGUUGGUGAUCCCCAGAACUUGGACACAUUUUUCCGUGGGUCGCCUGGACUUCCAGAGCUGGCGCGUGUUCGUGGUGCUGUGCUCCAUUCCGAGCCUCACGUCGGCGCUCAUCUUCAAGCUCUUCAUGCCUGAAAGCCCCAAGUUCCUCAUGGAGGCGGGCAGAGAGAGCGAUGCGAUCCGUGUUUUCCGCCUGAUGUUCCAGUUGAACAAUCGGGGAAAAGGAGCGUCCUUCCCAGAUGUGAGUUUGCAUGUGAGCGUCGUGCAAAGAGCCUACAAGACCGAGACUGAACGUUGUCGUGCAGGCCGACUCAUCAAUGCUGUGAAAAAGGGUGUGAUGCCGCUCAAGCAGAUGUUUGAAGGGACGCUCAGAUCCAGAAGUGUGGUCCUGCUCAUCAUCUUCUACUGCAUCUCCUUCGGGUUCUACGGACUGUGGAUGUGGUUCCCGGAGCUGUUUGCCAGACUGGAGGGCGGAGGAUCGCCGUGCGCCAACAUGUCUGCUCCAUCAGGGCAACACAACCAAAGCUGUUACCCUGUCAAGACCGUCGUGUACGAGGAGGGUUUCUUCAUCGCAGCAUCCAACCUUCCUGGCAACAUCUUCACCAUCUUGGUGAUGGACAGUGUUGGAGGGAAGCUGCUGCUCUCCGGCAGCCUGAUGAUGUCCAGUCUCAGCGUAUUCUUCAUCUACGUGGUCCAGACCAAAGUCCAAAGUCUGGUUCUGUCCUGCUUGUUCAGCGGCGUGUCCGUCAUCGCGUGGAACGCUCUGGACGUGUUGGGGACAGAACUUUACCCCACACAAUUACGCUCGUCGGCGCUGGGCGUCUUCACAGGAGUGGGUCGGGUGGCGGCCAUCACGGCCAACGUGGUUUUCGGCAGGAUGGUGGACAGCUCGUGUGCCGUGCCCAUUUUGCUGGUGUCGGUGCUGCUGCUGGUUGGUGGGUUGGCGGCGCUCUUCCUGCCGCAGAGCAAGCAGACGGCGCUUACCUGACCUUUAACCCCUUUUGUGAACUCCCCUUGAUGUCUGUCCUUCAAGGAGUAAACCACCAACAAGUGCCGUUUGCCAACAGCAACUACCCUUUUUUAUUUUGUAUAAAAAAUAUUUUAUAUUAUUUAAUCCAAUUAGAACCAACGCCUUUUUUAAUCGUCUGCUAAUCUUUACGAAGUACCAGGACUGACCUGAGAGUGGCAGCAGUGAUCGCACAAUGCUGGAAAGUAAAAAACGAAGAAGAACUCUGCGAACUGCGAGCUUAAGUUAGCUUCUCUGCUAACUAUUGCAGUGCGGCUUUUUAAUCAUGUUAAGGCUUGCAGGAUAUAUUACAUUGACAGUCGUGUAUUUUCCAUAAUUAAAACAAGGUAGUCAUACGUUU